AGGUCUCUUCCCGCAGGAAAUCCCAAGAAGUCAAAAUGAAAUUGGCUGGCUCAUUACGUGGUGUCCUCCCAUUAAUGGAGAUAUGCAAGCACAAUAUGGAUGAGUUAAAUGUUUUAUGCUGAAGAAUGGGUAUUCUUACUUUGGUAACGGUUGAACUGGAUAGCUUUUGAGACUCUUUCAAACUCUGACAUUCUGUGUUUCUGUGAUUUUGUAACCUUCUUCCCCCCCCCCCCCCACCCCCUCCCCGUCCUUCAGCCCCAGUCCACCCAGCUCCCACAGCUAAGCUGGAGUGAAAGCCUCUUCUUAUCCCUAAGCGUUCUCUGUCCCCUUCAGUUGGGUCGAGCCUGUCAAUAGCCUGGAAAGGCUGAACAUCACAGUCGGUCACCAGAGGGCGCUACGUCCUUUCGUACCAAGACCUGAGCUUGGAAGUUAAGGAGCUUGAAGGAAAAGGCAGUGCCCGCGUGGACUGUUACCCCGGCAAAGCAGAUCACCAGGAGAAGAUGAAGCGAGCAUUACUUGGCCAAGUCCAGCAGUACGUCCAGCCCGAACUGUCCAGAGUCUGAGCCUUACUUCGUAAAGGAAGCCGAGAGUGCUGCGGAAAGCACUCAGGCCCCCAGACUGAAGCGGUGAUGCAGAAGGAAGGUGGAGGGUCCUGCCUCCCUGGUCGAAGUUGGGGUCAGCCAGCAGCGCAACCUACCGGGGCCCAGAUGUGACCUGGCUCCAGGGCGGGGGCGGGAAGAGCUCCCUGGACCAGAGACUUCCCACGGUGCUCUGACCAACCUGCGUUAGAAUCACCCACCCAGGAGCUGAGGAAGGUCAGAACCUCAAAGCGACUUGAAAACUGAGAGCAGCUAAGGGCUAAGGAAAUUUGAAGCUAGCCAGCAAAGAAGUUGGGGGCUUCCCCAAUCCAGUAAGAACAUCCAGGAGAUCAUAUGGAGGAUGUUAAACAACAAAUCAAAGGAGCACUUCUUGAUAUGGUUGUUGGGAAAUUAUAUUAGAAAUCUAAUGUCACUUAAUGUGACACACUUCAGUGAAAAUGAAGAACCAGAGGAAUGGACAAUAGAUUCCUAGAUUUACCUGACAAUUUCUCCUGUGUGGUGGGUAUCAUUUUUUGAAGAAUACACAGGGCGGCAUACACAAGGGACUAGUCAAACUCUAGAUGGGGUCAUACUGGAAUUUGAAAAUGGGAAUCAUCAGCAAAUUCUAAGAUGCCAAAGGAACUUCAUUAGAAGUAUUCUGGGACUUGGGUUCAAUUCCAAAAAUCAGUGAUUUAUUUAUUACCUAUAGAACUUUGGCAAGUCAUAUUUUGACCUUGAUUUCCUCAUUUUGAUAAUUAGGAGGUUAUAAUAGAUGUCCUUGAAGGUUUCUUACAGUGCUAUUCCUUUGAUUCUCUGACUUGGGUUGCAAAUUAUAAAUACAUAUCUAAAAAUUGGCUGCCAGUUGUUACUGGAAUACAGACAUCUAUGUAAAGGUGAAGAAAUUUCAACAGAAGCUUUAGAUCAACUUGGUGAAAAACACAAUAGAGACAUAAUGCCCUUGAAUGACACAACUAUGGACAGAGGAGGGCUGGUAGUGGAAAGGGACUUCUCCUUCCGCAUCCUUACUGCCUGCUUCCUUUCACUAUUGAUCUUGUCUACACUUUUGGGAAAUACUUUGGUGUGUGCAGCUGUCAUCAGGUUUCGCCACCUAAGGUCCAAGGUGACCAAUUUCUUUGUCAUCUCGUUGGCUGUUUCUGACCUCUUAGUAGCUGUCUUGGUCAUGCCCUGGAAAGCUGUUGCAGAAAUUGCGGGUUUCUGGCCCUUUGGCUCCUUCUGCAAUAUCUGGGUGGCAUUUGAUAUCAUGUGUUCUACGGCCUCCAUUCUAAACUUAUGUGUCAUCAGUGUUGAUAGAUAUUGGGCUAUUUCCAGUCCCUUUCGCUAUGAGAGAAAAAUGACCCCCAAGGCAGCCUUCAUUUUGAUCAGUGUUGCUUGGACUCUGUCUGUGUUGAUUUCCUUCAUUCCAGUGCAGCUGAAUUGGCAUAAGGCCAGUCCCCUGAGCUCACCAGAUGGGAAUGUUAGUUUGCAAGAUGAGACAAUGGACAACUGUGACUCUAGCCUGAGCAGGACAUAUGCCAUCUCUUCUUCUCUUAUUAGUUUUUACAUUCCAGUGGCUAUCAUGAUAGUAACAUACACGAGGAUCUACAGGAUUGCACAGAAGCAAAUAAGACGAAUCUCAGCUUUGGAGAGAGCAGCAGUUCAUGCCAAGAACUGCCAGAACACUACUGGGAAUGGGACAAAUGUAGAAUGUUCCCAGCCAGAAAGUUCCUUCAAGAUGUCCUUCAAAAGAGAAACCAAAGUUUUAAAGACUCUGUCAGUGAUCAUGGGAGUGUUUGUAUGCUGCUGGCUACCUUUUUUCAUAUUGAACUGCAUGGUACCCUUCUGUGAAUCUGAUUUGCCUUCUGGGGAAACAAAACCCUUCUGUAUUGAUUCUAUUACCUUUGAUGUUUUCGUGUGGUUUGGAUGGGCAAAUUCCUCAUUGAACCCUAUAAUUUAUGCCUUUAAUGCUGAUUUCCGAAAGGCAUUUUCUACUCUCUUAGGAUGCUACAGGCUCUGCCCAACUGCCAACAAUGCGAUAGAGACAGUUAGCAUCAACAAUAAUGGGGCUGUGUUUUCAAGCCAUCAUGAGCCCAGAGGGUCCAUUUCUAAGGACUGUAAUCUGGUUUACCUGAUUCCACAAGCUGUCACCUCCCGAGACACAAAGAAGGAAGAAGGUGGAGGCUCCAAGCCAUUGGAAAAAACCUCUCCAGCUUUAUCUGUCAUUUUGGAUUAUGAAGUUGAUCUAUCUUUGGAAAAGAUUAACCCCAUCACACAGAAUGGACAACACAAGACCUGAACCGUAAGAUGAAUCCUGUAAAAUAUGCUAGUCGAAACAAAAACAGAAACCUUCUGAGAUUUCCUUUUUUUUGUUGUUGUUGAGAAACUAAGCUACGGUGAGUUUUCAUGCUCACAAAAAAGCUAACUGCUGCUUCUACUCAGCAUACAACUUUGUUUUAUAUCAGUCCAGUAUAUUUUUGAUUUAUAGGUAUUUCUGUACUGUUCAUACUGAAUGAAACAGAAUCGGUUAAAGGUAUAAGACAAGGAUUAGCUCUUCAUCUCUAUAAUUAUUUAUAGAAACUAUUUUUUAUCAGUGACUGAAGAUAGGGCAAGAAAUCAUGAAUAAACAGUGACACUUAAAAAACAAAUGCCACUUCCAGAAAGAAAUAAGAGUGUUGAGUUUGCCAUGUAUAAAUAGGUGCUAACAUGUUUCAAACCAAGUUUUCAGAUUGUAAAGUUGGGUAAAUGCCUUCGUAAAUUAUUUCUGAAAAAAAUGAGCCUUAUAGAAAGAAUGAAUAUUUUUAAGUUUGGGAGAUGCUUUGUUAAUACUGGUUUUAUUUAUUUAUUGUUUAAAUUGCUAUUUUUAAUAUGUUACAACAAAUCUAUAUUUAUCUUAUUUAAAAGUAUUGUCUGAUGGGAGAUCUCUGAGACCUCAUGAUUACAAUUUUUAAAUAUUUGACUGAUCAACAUGUUAGUGUCAGUCAGUAAUGAAAAUGUUGAAAAACAUAUAGUUGGAGUAAUCUGCUUAUGUAUACUUCAAAAUUACAACAAAAGCUAAGUAAGAAUAAAGUUGAGCUGUGACAUUUCUUCUGAAUUCAUCAGAGAUCAAUACAGGAUCAGAGCUGGCAAGGAAAAAAAUGACAGCUCAUUUUUUUCCCCAACAAGGAUUUAAAAACACAAUGGAUUGCUCCUAUUCUUUACAUUACUUUCCCGUUACAAAGAAGUCUUAAGAAAACAAUCAGCAGCUCUGUAAAUACUUUCCACAGGAAGACCAACUUAAGAGGAAUCAUGCUUCCUAGUUGAGAGCUGAGUCUCCCGCAACCAGAAGCAUCAGACGUUUUGUAUUUAUGUAAAAUAAUCGGCUUCUCAGUCUUUUCUUAUUUCAAGUUUUGGCUAUCUUUUUUUUCCCCCAUGAACAAAACCAAUGACUGAUGGUAGAAAUGCAUAGUGACUCUGAUAAGUCUUGCUACCUACAAGACUGUGUAUUUACAGUAACACCAAUAAGAAGAGAACAUACUGUGUAUCCUGCUUCUUUACCAACAUCAUAUUUCUUUAACAUCAGACUACCUUUCCUGCUUUACUUUUGACCUGAGAAUCAAGUCAUUUUUCAGUUUUAUUCAUGUUAAUAGUCCAUUGAACAAACAGCAGUGCCUCAUUACCAUCUGGGAUUAAGAUGUUUCUGGAGAGGGGACCCCCAUCAUUUUCAGAUGUGUUGCCAGCAGCAAAAAGUCACUGGGAUUUCUUUUGUGGCUACAGAUGCUUCCACUGUAUUUUCAGCAAAGUUCCUGCUUCUCUCAUUCCCUCUGUGCUUUAAGGAACAUCCCUUUUGCAGCAAUGUCCAAGUGAUGGAGUAAUCUUGUGUAGUCCAAGAGAGGACCUUGGUUCUUAAAUGAGAAAAAAUGAGAGAAAAUCUUAUUUGGGAAGACCUGCUUAAAGGAGUACUGAGGGAGGGGGAAAGUAAAUAUUUACUGAAAGAAUUCAUCAUGCAUCAGGUCUGUGUUAUAUAUGUAUUGUGAAUAUGUUUUCCCAAGGAUUUUUUUUGGCUUGUAUUCUUUCAUACAUAUAAUAAAAUUAUUUUGUGGACACAAAUGGAAA